AUGGAGCCGGCCCGGGAGCCCCCAGCGCGGACCCGGCCGCCGCCGCCCCCAGCCGCCCGCCCCGCGCCCGCCCCCGCCGCGCCCAGGCUGCGCUCGCCCGCCGAGGCCGAGGGCCGCGGCCCCGAGGGGCUGCUGCGGCGAUCGGGGUCGGGCUAUGAGGGCAGCACCAGCUGGAAGGCGGCCUUGGAGGACACCACCACACGUCUCCUGCUGGGGGCCAUCGCGGUCCUUCUAUUUGCCAUCCUGGUGGUGAUGAGCAUCUUGGCUUCCAAGGGCUGUAUCAAGUGCGAGGCGCCCUGCCCGGAGGACUGGCUGCUCUACGGAAGGAAAUGCUACUUCUUUUCUGAGGAGCCGAGGGACUGGAACACGGGCAGACAGUAUUGCCAUACUCACGAGGCCGCGCUGGCCGUGAUCCAAAGCCAGAAGGAGCUGGAGUUUAUGUUCAAGUUCACACGGAGGGAGCCCUGGAUUGGUCUGCGCAGAGUCGGGGACGAAUUCCACUGGGUCAAUGGGGACCCGUUUGACCCGGACACAUUCCCCAUCUCAGGCCUGGGAGAGUGUGUCUUUGUGGAGCCCACCAGGCUGGUGUCAACGGAGUGUCUGAUGACCCGGCCCUGGGUGUGCAGCAAGAUGGCCUACACAUGAGGUGGGUCAGGCCAGAGGCGGCCCUCCAGCCAGGCUCCAAGACCGGCCUGCCCCGCUCCUCUCCAAGGCGAAGCAGUGAGGAGGGUGCCCUCCACCCCCGGCCACUGUUCCAGGUCCCACAGCCCUGGUUCCUGGUCUCCUUGGCCCCAGGCAGGUCCUGUGGCUCAGCCGUCAAAUCCCACAUGCUCAGUAGUGUAGGCAUCCCACCCCCCCACACACAUGCACACAUGCACACACACAGACGCAUGCGUAGGCAUGCACAGCCCCUCCUCAAGGUCAGAGUCCACUCUUAGUCACCCCAAGUCCCUCCCUGGGCCCGCGCUGGAACAUGUCUCCCCCACGCGGCCCUGGUGCUUGGAGGAAGGGUGGGCGCUGACACGGAUUGCAUCACUGUCUGCAUAAUCAUUUCUCCCCUGGGUGCUGGGGAGGCAGGGAGGGCGGGCUUCCUGGCACGGGGGCCCCUCCACCACCCUCUUCGUCCGGCCCGGGGUUCUCAGGCAGGCCCCUGCUGUGUCUGGGGUGCUGUUGUGUUGGUCACUGACAGAAUAAAGAAAUGACUGGCGUCCAGA